CACCUUUUUUAGAUCGUCUACAGGAAAAUCCCAAUGAGGGCUCCAAGCUUCACUCGUAAAUGCAAGGGCAUGAGUCUCCGAGUUACUCAUGUGGUCUAAUCCAGAUCAAGCAACAUGCCGUCGUUACGAACAAUCUGCCUUCAAAAGUAUCAUCAAUCUGACCUCAAGGGUGUCGCUACGUUGUGCAACGUGGGACUUUCUCUCUCAGAUAACGCGACCUCAACGGACCUUGGGGGAGCGCAGGGCUGAUUCUGCCUUCUCUUCGGCCUAUGGCCUCCUUUUAUUGUUUUUGUUACUCACCUUUACGUUCAGGUUUUCUAAACAGACACAGAGUCAUGGCAAUAUUCCUGCGUGUGAGCCCCUAACGAGUGGUAAUAGUAUUUUUAUCUUCCUUCUUUGCCCUGGACUAAGUGGUCGUACAUACCACUGGAUCUAGGGACUCACAUAAUCCUUAGCUAUCGGCUUUCAUGUGUGCUUCUAGCGCGAUGUUGCUUAUACAUUUUCAGUUCUGGGGCUGAUCAGCCCUAUCAAUAUCCAAUUCUAUCAUCCCCAACGCAUUGUAACAGUAUGCCGUACAAUUGCCGGGAGCAGGAUCUGAACUUGCAAAAAGAGCCGCGACA